AUGGCGCAGAGCCUCCGGAGCUGGCUGGGCGGCUGCCUCCUGGUGUCAGCAUUAGGAACGGUGCCACCACCUGAAAAUGUCAGAAUGAAUUCAGUUAAUUUCAGGAACAUUCUACAGUGGGAGUCACCUGCUUUUCCCAAGGGGAAUCUGACUUUCACAGCUCAGUACCAAAGUUAUAGGAAAUUCCAAGAUAUAUGCACAAGUACUGUCUUGACGGAAUGUGAUUUCUCAAGUCUUUCCAAGUAUGGUGACCACACCUUGAGGGUCAGGGCUCAAUUUGAAGACGAGCAUUCAGACUGGAUAAACAUCACCUUCUGUCCUGUGGAUGACACCAUUAUCGGACCUCCCAGAAUCCAAGUAGAAGCACUUGCUAAUUCUUUACAUAUGCGUUUCUUAGCCCCGAAAAUUAAGAAUGAACCUGAAACAUGGAGCAUGAGGAAUAUUUAUAACUCAUGGACUUAUCAUGUGCAAUAUUGGAAAAAUGGCUCAGACGAAAAGUUUCCAGUUACUGGUCAGUAUGACUUCGAGGUCCUCCGAAAUCUUGAGUCACAGACAACUUACUGUGUUCAAGUUCGAGGGUUUCUUCCUGAUCGGAACAAAACGGGGGAGUGGAGUGAGCCUGUCUGUGAGCAAACAAUUGCUGACGAAAUCGCCCCCUCCUGGAUUGUGGCCGGGGUCCUGGGAGCCUCGGUGUGCACCGCCCUCCUGACGCUCACUGGCUGCUUCGUCUUGCUGCGGUGCGUUUACAGGAAGGCCAAGCAUGCCAUCCCCCCGAGGAAUUCUCUUCCACAGCACCUGAAAGAGUUUCUGAACCACCCACAUCACAGCACACUUCUCUUAUUCUCCUUCCCACUGUCUGAUGAGAAUGAAGUUUUUGACAAACUGAGCGUCAUCACAGAAGUGUCUGAAAGUCACAAGCCGAAGCUUGGGGCGGGCUGCAGCCUUAGGACCUUGUCUGGGCAGGGAUCCUCUGAGCUGGCCUCCAAGGAGGAAACACACUCAGCCGGGCACAGUGACCCCCUCCUUCUCACGCCUGCCUCUGAGGGUGAUCAGAGCAACCGACAAACAAGGGCUGAGACCAGCUGAGUAACGCCCAAAUUGAGAACCUCAGAUGCUGGGACAUCGUCCACACCACCAAGGAGCUGGAUUUUAAAGGCUCACUUGGCACAAAUACUCCAUCUUGGGAACUAG